AUGGCGCAAACGCCAGUUCCUCUCACUCAUGGCAGACAAGAGAUGCUGGCGCCAGUUGCGCGCUUGAACGGCCGGGUCUUUGACGAUGAUCCAGUCAUCACGUACAUGCUACUGGAUAUGCCAAAGGAAGAGCGGCUAGCGUAUCUACCGACGUACUGGUCCAUCCUCGUCAAGUCGGCUUUACUCAACGACGCGCUGAUCACCGAGGCUGAUGGAUGGAAAGCUGCGUCUGUCGUUAUUCCCCCGGGUCGACAUGUGGACAGCUUGUGGACCCUUUUCUAUGCUGGCUUUGCCGGUGUCCUGUGGAAGAUGGGGGCUUCUGGGUUCAAGCGUCUCUGGUCCGAAUUCUCAGGCAUGACCGACAAUGCUAAGAAGAUCGGUCUUCGCGGGAAGAAGCGGUAUUACUACAUCUUCAGCAUAGGAACCGAGGUCGAGCACCGUGGGAAAGGUCUCGCAAAAGCCAUCAUGCGCGAAAACAUGAGGAAGGCUCAGCUUGAAAACGUUCCAAUCUGGCUCGAAGCCACAACUCCCAACUCCCGUAAGCUAUACCUCUCGAUGGGCUUUGAGGAAAUUGAGGAGGUCACGCUGGGGAAGGGCAAGGUUGACAGCAAUGCUAAUAUCCAACCUGGUGGUCCGGGUGUGCCCUUGUGGGGAAUGGUCUGGUGGCCUGAGCAGGAGUCUGGUCAUACUUCUUCAUCCUAA